AUGAGAGAGGGCCAGAAGACUCAACCUAAGGUAUUGGAAAACGUUUGGGAUACUGGGAAGAUGAAGGUCACGUAUGUGAAUGACAACACGCAACUUCCUCAACUGCAUGUUGACAAGUCGGUGAUUGACAAUUUGUGUUCGCCAUGGAAGGAUGCUUUGUUGGUUGGGCUCUUGGGGAAGAAGCUUGGGUUUCGCACCAUGAAAGCUAGGCUGAGCAACAUCUGGAAGUUAGUUGGAGAGUUUGAUCUACUUGAUAUUGAUAAUGGCUUUUUCAUGGUCAAGUUUGAUCGCGAGGAAGACAAAAAGAAAGUGAUGGAUGGCGAGCCAUGGAUGAUUUUUGAUCAUUACUUGGCGGUGGCUCCUUGGAGCAAAGAGUUCAUUACUCCUGCUGCAAAAAUCACUCGAACUUUGGCUUGGGUUCGUGUCCCGGGACUUAACGUCACCUUCUAUGAUGAGUGUUUCCUCAUGUCGUUGGCCAAAAUAAUUGGUACGCCGGUAAGAGUGGAUGUCAAUACUUUGAACGCCGAGUGGGGAAAGUUCGCAAGAAUCUGCGUAGAGCUUGAUCUUACUAAGUCAGUUGUGGGUAAAUUCUUGUUUGAAGGUUUUUGGUAUAAGGUGGUUUACGAGGGUCUUCAUAUUAUUUGCUCAAAGUGUGGGUGCUAUGGGCAUCGUGGGAGAGAGUGUACUCAGUCGCCCCCCACACCGAUACCGGAGCCAGCGCAGAUGCCGGCGAAGGAGCCAUCUUCAGAUGAGCCGCCACCGGAAACCCUAGUUGUUACGCCCUCCCCAUCUCCAGAUUUGGCAGUUGCGGAAAGUCAGGAGCAGCCAAGGCAUGCGGUUAAUGGGAGUUAG